GAAACAAGUCUAGACUAAACGAAACAGUUCUAAGAAUCUAAGUAAAUGGCGCCAAAAAGAGCAACCAGAAAUGGAAGUCCUCCGCCGUCCGAUCCUCACGGAAUGUUCGCCGGAAUGGUCGUCUUCUUAGUCGAAGACGGAGUUCAGAACAGUCGCUUACAGAUAUGGAAGCAAAAACUGGUUCAAAUGGGGGCUACUAUAGAAGAUCAUGUAUCCAAAAGGGUCACACACAUAUUUGCUAUGAACCCAGAAGCCCUUUUGCAAAAAGCGGGCAGUGAUCAUUGGGAUCUCUUUGAAGGAAGAGUUGUACUCUAUCAGUGGCUGGAGGACAGCUUGAGCUCAGGGAAAAGAGUACCAGAAGAUUUUUACCAUCUAAAAUUGGAGUCAGACAAGUCUUCUAGUGAUUACAUUUCCAGUGAUGAAGAAACCCCAAUACCGAAAAAGAGAAGAUCCUCCUCUCCUGAUGAGUUGCCUCAUACUCCAAGCCUGAAAACCCCUAAAGCCCCAAAUAAGGAUCAGGUGACAGCAUUGGAGUCAUCCACGCCCUACAGCCCACCUGAUUUAAACAAAGACAUAACCGAGAUAUUUGGGAAGCUUAUCAACAUAUAUAGAGCAUUGGGCGAUGACCGAAGAUCUUUUAGCUAUUACAAGGCUGUACCGGUUAUAGAGAAGUUGCCUUUCAAGAUUCAAAGUGCUGAACAAGUUAAGGGCCUCCCCGGCAUUGGGAAGUCGAUGCAAGAUCAUAUUCAGGAGAUAGUUACUACCGGAAAGCUAUCCAAGCUGGAACACUUUGAAACAGAUGAAAAGGUAAAAACAAUCAGCUUAUUUGAGGAAAUAUGGGGCGUAGGUCCAGCUACUGCACUGAAAUUGUUUGAGAAAGGACAUCGCACAUUAGAUGAUUUGAAGGAUGAAGAUUCAUUGACACACUCGCAGCAGUUGGGGUUAAAAUAUUAUGAUGAUAUCAAACAGAGGAUCCCACGGCAUGAGGCUCAAGAGAUGGAACUCCUUCUACAGAAAGCCGCGGAGGAUGUUUUGCCUGGGGUGGUUGUUGUAUGUGGAGGGUCAUAUAGACGCGGGAAAGCUUCUUGUGGAGAUCUGGACAUUGUAAUUACUCAUCCUGAUGGGAACAGUCAUAAAGGUUUCUUACCUAAGUAUGUGAAGCAUCUAAAGGAUAUGAAGUUCCUAAAAGAGGAUUUGGUUUUCGUUACACACAGCGAGGAGGGUACUGAUUCUGGUGUCGACACAUAUUUUGGGCUUUGCACAUAUCCUGGACGAGAGCUGCGGCACCGCAUAGAUUUUAAGGUCUACCCGCGGGAAAUAUAUGCAUUUGGACUGAUAGCUUGGACAGGGAAUGAUGUGCUGAAUAGGAGGUUGAGGCUACUAGCUGAAUCUAAAGGAUACCGGCUUGACGAUACAGGGCUGUUUCCAGCCACUCAUGGAUCUGGCGGUAAACGGGGGAAGAAGGCUGGCGCAAGCUUGAAGUUUGACAAAGAAAAGGAGGUCUUCGACUUCCUGGGGUUUCCUUGGCUUGAACCACAUGAGAGAAAUCUAUGA